AUGUGGGAUGCCAUCAGGUUAAGAAGUACAGUCCAAGCGAUGCUCGCGUGCGUGGUCAACGCGGGCUUUUUACCCCUUGCCAUUUUCCAGCGACGGGAUAUCGAGGAGGCUAUCGAUUCAUUGAAGACCUCAACAGACGCUAACGGUGAUCAUUUGGUCAAUACUGACAUGGAUAUUUGGCCCGUCAUUGGCAAGAUUCUACUGGUUAUUCCUAUCAUUGUCGCCGUCUGCACCUUGGUUCUACCUAUCAGUGCUUGGUAUCUGAAGCAAUACUUCUCAUGGCAGUCAUAUCGCAAUGUAGGCGCAGAUGCGAGGAUGAGAAAGAUUCGAAUUACCCACCAUAUCUUUGUCAUGCUCGCGAAAAUGGACAUUUACUUCAUUGUCUGCUUUGUGCUGAUUUUCUGCUUCCCCGUUCUCGGAGGGAUGCGCAAUGGGGGCACUUAUUUCAUAGUCAAUCUCGUUCUUCUUGGUGUUGCAGUCGCCAUCAUCUCCGCGUCCAUAAUGUUCAGCAAGUCAGAGAACCGCAUCGGCAUGUGUUUCUCUAUAGCCAUGUAUCUUUCAAUACUUGGCUACUUGCUUUACCUGGUAAUAGAUGCACAAUUGGACAGUAGGAGGAGGAGCGGAGGUUCAAUCAACUCGUUCACCGCCUUCGGUUGCAUGAGUGUUUUGAGCAUCUUCAUGACGACUAUAUUCGCCAUACUAUGCUUGAGAAACUUCUUUGGAGGGUUGAAAGAACAUCUGGGGAAGCACGAAGAAGCUUGGGAUCCUCAUGGAAGUGCCAAAGACUUUGAGCUUCAUAACGAUAUCAAUUUUGAGUAUAAGAGCGUACCGAGCGUUCGAGAUCUGGAUAGCUGA